UGUUAUGUGCCACUGAUCAUGCCAGCUAUCUGCUCCAGAUGCACUGUGGCUUGGAGUAGACAGGACAUAUUGGGUAACCUGAUUGGACCAGGAGAAGAGGCUCAUGCAAGCACAGCUAUGGACCAGCUGUAGAAAAGUGGACAUAUAAGAGCAGAUUUAAUGGGGGAUGCAGGAGAAAGGGUACAACAGGGACAGGCAGUAGUGCCACAUGAAAAUGAAGGAACUGCAUCAGGCAUACCAGAAGUCCAGAGAGGCCAACAGUCCAUCUGGUGGUGAGCCACAGACCUGCUGCUUUUAUAAAGAACCGCAAGCCAUAGUUGCAGAGACUCCACUACCACCCAACAGACCACCAUGCAUACCUCCAAAGAGCCCGAGUCACAGGCCCCUGGCAUGAACAGCGAGGAGGAGGAUGCGGGAUAUGCGACCAGCACCUGUUUGAGACUGCACUGCAGUCCUGGCAGUCGAGCAUGGGCGAGCCUGGUGCAGGGAAAGGAACAUCAGCGGCUCCGUUGUGACAUCAAGGGGUUUCUUCCUCCACACCUGCAGAUCCAGAGCCAGAUAGAGAGGAGAAAGAAGAGGAUUUGGGAUGACAUGUUUGAUGCAGUGCUGGCUUGCAGGAUCUCCUUAGACUGUGAGUGAAGGGCCUGAACAUUGCAGACAUCCUGGAGAAAGGCUAGGAACCCCAACAGGAAAAAGGAGAGGGAGAUGCAUCAGGACAUAAUGGAGCUUCUCCAGCAACAAACAGAUGCUGCAGACUCUCUUGCAGACCUACAGGUUCAACAGUCCAAGGCUCGUCUCUUUUUGUAGUCCACUGAGAACUCCAUUGCAGCACCUCUUUAAACAUUCCACAUUUCUAACCCUACCAUUCCAUCCUGGGGCAACAUUAAGGACAGCCACAGCUUCACAUGCUCUGACCUGUGAAAGCCACGGUUUGAUGUAUGGAUAGCUAAAAUGGACGCAGGCAGAAGUCCUGAAGGCUGACAUGACAGAUUCGAAGCUGGGUCCAGCUGAAGUCUGGACAUCCAGACAGGCUCUGCAGGACUUAUACCAGAAAAUGCUAGUAACUGAUCUGGAGUAUGCUUUAGACAAGAAAGUGGAACAGGACCUCUGGAAUCAUGCUUUUAAGAAUCAGAUCACAACACUUCAGGGGCAGGCAAAAAACCGAGCAAACCCGAAUCGGAGUGAAGUUCAGGCGAACCUUUCUCUGUUCCUAGAGGCAGCUAGUGGUUUCUACACACAGUUAUUACAGGAGCUGUGCACAGUGUUUAAUGUAGACUUACCCUGCCGUGUGAAGUCCUCCCAGCUGGGAAUUAUCAGCAAUAAACAGACGCACACCAGCGCCAUUGUGAAGCCGCAGUCUAGCUCCUGCUCAUACAUCUGCCAGCACUGCCUUGUCCACCUUGGAGACAUUGCUCGCUACAGGAAUCAGACCAGCCAGGCAGAGUCCUACUAUAGACAUGCAGCUCAGCUUGUUCCCUCCAAUGGUCAGCCUUACAAUCAGUUGGCUAUUUUAGCUUCCUCCAAAGGAGACCACCUGACCACAAUUUUCUACUACUGCAGAAGCAUUGCUGUGAAGUUCCCUUUCCCAGCUGCCUCCACUAAUCUACAAAAAGCACUUUCUAAAGCACUGGAAAGUCGGGAUGAGGUGAAGACUCGAUGGGGGGUGUCUGACUUCAUCAAGGCAUUUAUUAAGUUCCAUGGCCAUGUAUAUCUGAGUAAGGGCUUGGAGAAGCUGAGCCCUCUUCGAGAGAGGCUGGAGGAACAGUUCAAGAGGUUGUUAUUCCAAAAAGCCUUCAACUCUCAGCAGUUAGUUCAUAUUACUGUCAUCAACCUGUUUCAACUGCAUCAUCUGCGAGAUUUUAGCAAUGAAACUGAACAGCAUAGUUACAGCCAGGAUGAGCAGCUCUGCUGGACACAGCUACUUGCCCUCUUCAUUUCCUUUCUUGGAGUCCUGUGCAAGUGUCCACUGCAGAAUGACUUCCAGGAGGAGUCUUGGGGUGCAUACCCGCUUCCUGCUGUAAAGGUCUCGAUGGACUGGCUGAAACUUAGGCCCAGUGUCUUCCAGGAGGCAGUGGUUGAUGAAAGACAGUUCAUUUGGCCAUGGCUGAUUUCUCUGCUAAACAGCUUCCAGCCCCAUGAGGAAGAUCUUUCCAGCACUAAUGCUACCCCACUUCCAGAGGAGUUUGAGUUGCAGGGAUUCUUGGCUCUGAGACCCUCAUUCAGGAACUUGGAUUUCUCCAAAGGCCACCAGGGGAUUACAGGAGACAAAGAAGGGCUGCAGCGACGGGUACGGCAGCAACGACUGAUCUUCACAGGAAAAUGGAUUGCUGACAACCAGCCAAGGCUGAUUCAGUGUGAAAACGAAGUAGGAAAACUGUUGUUUUUGACAGAAAUCCCAGAGUUGUUACUAGAGGACCCUAGUGAAGCCAAAGAGAGUCUCGUCCUACAGGAAACAUCCAUUGCAGAGCCACUGUCUACAGAUGGGAGCCCAGGACUCAAAUCGGUUCUGUCCACUGGCAGAAAUCUUAGCAACUGUGACACUGGGGAGAAACCAAUGGUCACAUUCAAAGAGAACAUUAAACCACGAGAGGUAAACCGAGAGCAAGGGCGAAUCUAUCCACCUAAAGAUGUGGGUAGGGAAAGAAGGGACUAUAGCAAAGGAAUAGCAGCCACUAAAAAUGAUGGAAAGAAAGACAACAAAAGAAAGAAUGAAACCAAGAAAUGCAGCUUGGAGAAGAUGCAGGAGGCAGGAAAGCAGAAUGUGGCAGUGCAGGUAAAAUCUCAGACUGAGAUGCGGAAAACUCCAGUGUCCGAAGCCAGGAAAACACCAGUAACUCAGACUCCAAGCCAGGCAAGCAACUCCCAGUUCAUCCCCAUUCAUCACCCAGGAGCCUUCCCUCCUCUUCCCAGUCGGCCAGGGUUCCCACCUCCAGCAUACGUUAUACCUCCUCCUGUGGCUUUCUCCAUGAGCUCGGGUUACACCUUCCCAGGUGGUGUUUCUGUUCCAGGAACCUUUCUUCAGCCUACAGCUCACUCCUCUGCAGGAAACCAGGUGCAAGGUGGGAAACAGUCCCACAUUCCUUACAGCCAGCAGCGGCCCUCUGGACCAGGGCCAAUGAACCAGGGACCUCAACAGUCAGUACCACCUUCCCAGCAACCCCUUACAUCCUUACCAGCUCAGGCAACAGCCCAGUCUGCAAGCCAAUUACAGGUCCAAGCUCUGGCCCAGCAACAACAGUCCCCUACAAAAGCUGUGCAGGCCCUAAGGAAGAGCCCACCACACCACUCUGGAUUCCAGCAGUAUCCACAAGCAGACUCAUCAAAGCAUCUCUGGAAUCCUCCUCAAGUCCAAGGCCCACUGGGAAAGAUCAUGCCUGUAAAGCAGCCCUAUUAUCUUCAGGCCCAGGACCCCCUAAAACUCUUUGAACAGUCAUUACAGCCUCCUGUGAUGCAGCAGCAGCCUCUGGAGAAAAAAAUGAAGCCUUUCCCCAUGGAGCCAUAUAACCACAACCCCUCAGAAGUCAAGAUGCCAGAAUUUUAUUGGGACUCCUCCUAUGGCAUGGCUGAUAAUAGGGUAGUGAUGGCACAACAGGCUAACAUGGAUCGCAGGGGGAAGCGACCACAAGGAGUCUUCCGCCCAGAGCAGGACACUGUGCCCAGGAUGGCUUUUGAGGACCCCAAGAGCUCCCCUCUGCUUCCUCCUGACCUGUUAAAGAGUCUGGCUGCCUUGGAGGAGGAGGAAGAGCUGAUUUUCUCUAAUCCUCCUGAUCUUUACCCAGCUCUGCUGGGGCCUCUCGCCUCUCUUCCUGGACGAAGCCUCUUUAAGUCCCUACUAGAAAAACCAUCGGAGCUGAUGUCUCAGUCAUCUUCUUUCCUGUCCCUCACUGGCUUCUCCCUAAACCAGGAAAGAUAUCCAAACAGCAGCAUGUUCAAUGAGGUAUAUGGGAAAAACCUGAAUACCAGCACAAAAGCAGAGGUCACUCCCUCAAUGGCCCAUCAGGAGACGUCACUAUAUUCUCUCUUUGAAGGGACGCCCUGGUCUCCCUCCCUUCCAGCAAGCUCAGAUCAUUCAACACCAGCCAGCCAGUCUCCUCACUCCUCCAACCCAAGCAGUUUGCCAAGCUCCCCUCCAACUCAUAACCACAAUUCUGUUCCAUUCUCCAACUUUGGACCUAUUGGGACACCAGACAACAGGGACAGGAGGAUUGCAGACCGUUGGAAAACAGAUAAACCAGCAAUGGGAGGAUUUGGGCUGGACUAUCUCCCAGCAACAUCCUCCUCCUCAGAGAGCAGCUGGCACCAGACCAGCACUCCCAGUGGCACCUGGGCAACCCAUGGCCCCGCUAUGGAGGAUUCUUCUGCUGUGCUCAUGGAGAGCUUGAAGUCCAUCUGGUCCAGUUCCAUGAUGCAUCCUGGACCGUCAGCCCUGGAGCAACUGUUAAUGCAGCAGAAGCAGAAGCAGCAACGUGGACAAGGCCCCAUGAAUCCACCACACUGAGAAUGAGGUGGCAAUCCUUGCAAAGAAAGGCUCCAUAAACCAUGGCAUGUUGGGUCUGCAGGACUCGCCCACACAGUCCUGUGCAGGUGGCAGCCCUCUCUUCUGUUCCUUGCUGUCAGGAGGGCGUAAGUGCUCCACCAACCCACUGAGUGUGCACGAAAUGUCUGCAGUGCAACAAAAAACAUCAGGAACUCUCCCAUCCCCCCCGGCCCUCUGGAGGGAGAGAGGAACUGCUGUUUGUCUCACUCAGUAACCUGAUAUCACCGCCUCUCACCUUCUCCAUCGUGCAUGUCCCCAGCCACAUGGGAAGUAAAAGCUGAGAAUGAAGGGCAGAUGGGAGAAGCCAAUGAGAACUUCUCAAUCCUUUUCCUCUCUUUGGGGAGAUAAAAUAGGAAUCCAUUAAUGAUUGCUUUGCUGACUGAGAAUGUAGUUGAAAUUAUUCCUAAACAUCUUUAUUAUUAUUAUUACUGUCUCAGUAGUAAGAUCACACUGAAUUCUUCCAUACACAAUGUGCUUUGUAGUCAGUGUGUAGCAAUGAAAGCCCCAGUCGCUGCUCCGGUCAGAGGUGGGUGGUGACAGGGUGGGGAUCUAUCUCCUGGGCUAGUGAAGGAGUUUCAUGAAGGAGAGUCUGGCACUUGACACCACUUCAUCUUUCACUCAAAGGCUCUGGCCAGCCCUUGUGUGGGUUAGAGACUCCAGCGUAAAAUGCCCUUUCUGUAGGUGUUCAAGCUACAUUUGGGGACGCAGUGGGCAUUGCAGUGCAAGCAAGUAACUGCUACGGGGUUUUAAAUUAAUGUUUCUGAUUCCUGUACAUUUUACUGUGGCAUAGUGACCAGCCUCAUAAAGGGCAGACUAGUCUGUGCAUUCACAGCCUGACUCCUUUUAGUAGGUAGGUAGGUAGAAGCUUUCAGUGUUUUUGUUUUGUUUUUUGUUUUUCUUUCUACCCCACCUUCCCCUCGUUGCUGGAUGCUCGUAGUUUUAUUCCCAAUGUCAACAUCUCACAAACAACGAAUGGGUCCAGCACGAUGGGGUAAAGAAGACAGUCAGCUGGGCAGUGUGGUGUGUACACAGCCCCAUAGGUAUACGUCAACUCCAGACUCGCAUGCAGCUGAGCCCCAAACCUCCAGUUCCAGAGUGAAAUUCCAGGCAUCACAGACACGUGUAACCCACACCCAGAAGAAAACAUAGCGCCGUUCACUUCUGAAAAGGCGCAGAAAGGGAAAUACAGCAUUUUAUUUGCUAUUUAUUAGGGGAAAAGGAAGACUGGAAAUCUCAUAUAGAAAAAAGGACAGCAUUUCUGUUAGUUUCCCAGGGAAGUUAUGGAAAUAAGCUAAAUGUCCAUUUGCAGUGCUAGCCAGAGGGGCAUUUUGUGUGUGAUGAUUCAGAAUCGUUGAGCUGAGAAACAGCUGCAGAGCAAAGCACAUGCAGGAGCCUCAGUGACACUGGAGUCUGGGCAGCCCCAAUUAAUACAAAAAGGGAAGAUUAGAGCUUAAUGCCCUUCAUUAGGGUAUGACUGGCUCCCCCAUGCCCCCUGCACUAGCAACAUUACUGUUCUCUGUUGCAGUUCGAAGAUAUAUUUCCUUUGAAAGGUCUAAAGAGUGAAGCUCCCAUCCUAGAGGUGGUGAAUACAAACCGAAACCUUCUGUGCUUCUCUCCAGGCCCCCAGUUUGUGUAUUUUGAGCUGUGCACCCAGGCAGCUGCAACAUUCCAGUGCUUGAACUGUCACUGACUCUUGCACCCUAGACAAGCUAACCAGGUUCCCCAUCUCACGCCCAGCAGUGCCAGAGUCCCAGCCACAGAAUCCCAUUUCUGCAUGAGAAUCUGGUGUUUGGAAUGUUUUCUGAGUCUUGGGCCGGGAUUCCCCAUCCCACCCUCCGGUGUUGGAGUUGCAUAGGGCUCGGGGAUUCCCAACAGAAACUGGUUUGUGUCGUAAGCUUUUUUGUGUUUUUUGUCUGUCUGUGCAAGACCUGCAGCUGCUGAAAUCAGCUUUGCCUUUAAUUAAACCAUGUUCUCUCCA